AUGGAUAUCGGGGACGAUGAUUUGGGCUUCGAGAUGAACCCCGCGAUGAUGCACCAAACACCACAACUGUACAACUAUGAUAAUUCUCAGAUGCAAGGUGCUCCUGGAGCCAUGUACGAUGAUUCGUCAUUGGGCGCGGGGGACGAGACCAACGAUGCGAAGAGGCGGAGGAUCGCGAGGGCCUGCGAUAUGUGUCGGAAGAAAAAGAUUAAAUGCGAUGGCAAAAUGCCGAAAUGCUCACACUGCAUCAACUACAAGAACGAAUGCAUCUUCACACAAGUGGAGAAGAAGCGCAACCCUCCAAAAGGUGCUAAAUACAUCGAAGGACUUGAAAACCGCCUAGGGCGCAUGGAAUCGUUAUUGCGAUUAUCGGGCCUCUUGUCAGAGGAUGAUGGCGGCAAGACAGAUCUCGGGACAUUGGAAAAGCGACUCGCCGAUCGAACAAACGCACUAAACGCAGCGAAAAGCUCCAACAAAUUCAUGGCGCAGGCAGCACAGCAGGCCCCGAGUUCCCACCAAACUACUCCCCGGAUGGACUCCCACUCCAGCCCUCAGACGGCUGCCACAUCACCGGAAUCACAAAAAUCGGAAACCGAGGUUGAAGCUUUGUCGGAUAUGAUGUGUUCUUUGGUGACGAAUAAUUGCGGGGAGACUCGGUAUAUUGGAUCCUCAUCUGGGUUCUCAAUAUUCUCCCCAAAAGGCAUUCAAUGGGUCAAUGAGAAGACCGGCGACACAUCAUUCCAGGACAUGAUCUCAUCGGCGUAUGUCGACGAUAACAAAUGGAUGUACUGGAAGCCCGAGAUCUUUAGCGACAUUUUCGCCAGACGGGUCUUCAAACCUCUACCACCAAAGGAUGAAGCUCUCUCGCUUUUCAAAGAUUUCUUCGAGAACUUCAACUGCAUGUUCCCGUUGUUCCACGAAGCCACGUUCAUGCAUUUGGUGGAACGACAAUACUCGCGCGAUCCCUAUGAAGGCUCAGGCUGGUGGGCAAGUAUCAAUGUUGUUCUGGCCAUCUCUCACAGGCUUCGUGUUAUGAGCAAUUUGGUGCCGCACGAAGAAGAUAAAAAAGCUUGGCUGUACUUGAAGAAUGCCAUGGGCGUUCUGACUGAGCUCACAAUGCGCAACACGGAUCUUUUGAGUGUACAAGCAUUAUUGGGCAUGUCUCUUUUCCUUCAGGGAACCCCUAACCCGCAGCCUGCUUUCUUCCUUGUUGCUGCAGCAAUUCGAUUGUCGCACAGCAUUGGUUUACACAAACGCGGUAGUGGCUUCGGUCUUAACCCAGUUGAGGUUGAGCAGCGGAAGAGAGUGUUCUGGAUUGCUUAUCUUCUUGACAAAGACAUCUGCCUACGGUCCGGUCGACCGCCAGUGCAGGAUGACGAUGACAUGAAUGUCGACCUGCCGAGCGAGGACCCGCCAGAUAAUGUUGGAAACGUACCACUCUCCGACGGUAGAAGCAAGUUCAACCUAUUCCGGUCACUCUGCGAAUUCGCUACCAUCGAGAGCCGUGUUUACAAGCGACUGUAUUCCGCCAAAGCAUCGAAGCAGUCUGACGGUGAAUUGCUCAACACCAUCGGUGAGCUUGAUAAGGAGCUGGAAGACUGGAAGGAUAGCAUUCCUAUUGAUUUUCGACCUGAAUUCGAGAUUCAAGCCACCCACACUCCCCUCAUCAUUCAUGUCGUUGUCUUACACUUCGCUUAUUACAACUGUUUGACUACCAUUCAUCGGAUGUCUGUGCACCAUGGUUAUUGGACAAGCCGUUUGUCCAACUAUGCCAUACAAGGACUCAAUGCUCGACCCUUGAACCCCAGGGUCUUCUUGUCCGCAGUUCUGUGCGUCACUGCCGCCAGAGCAUCCAUUAAUCUGAUUAAAUAUAUCCCCCAAGGAGACUUUGCUUGUGUUUGGCUGAUUCUUUACUACCCGGUGUCUGCUCUCGUCACUCUCUUCGCCAACAUUCUACAGAAUCCUAACGAUGCUCGUGCUCGGUCCGAUGUUAAAUUGAUGAACGUGGUAGUCAACUUCCUCUCCACCUUGGUCUCCGACGAAUCCAACGGCAGCAUCAAGCGUAUGCUUGGCCUCUGCGGUGAAUUUGAGCGAAUCGCCAAGGUCGUCCUAGACAAAGCCGAAAAAGAAUCUCACUCCCGAAAGAAGCGCAAGAACGCCCCAGAAGAUUCAGGCGAGCAGUCUGACGGAGAAGACCAGUCAACCUCGCCAUCCGCAAAACGCCCACAACCACCACCCACAUCCGCAGCUUUCUCUCCUUCCGUAUUCACAAAGCCUACCGCAGCUCCCUCGCCCGGGACAGCUAGAUCCUUCUCCGGCACUGCGAUACCCCCGACAAGUGGCAUCCCCACCGAUCUCCCGAGCAAUGUUCAUUCCAUGCCUGGUAUUGGACAGGAUUUCUCGGACAUGCUGAGCCCUGAACAGAUGGCUGGCGUUGGGUUCCCCGAUCAGCCCCCCUUCAGCACCGCCAGUCCCGGAAUUACACCUUUCCAGCAGCCAUUUGUCCCUCAAGAUCUGUGGCAGAUGCCCAUGACAAUCGAAUGGGAUUGGGCCGAGAUGUCUACAAACUUCCCUCCUUUUGAUGGACCGGGCCCUGGUGGUCCGCCAAUAGGACAGUGA